AUGUCGCGUUUUAUAGUCUUAAUAUGUUUGAGCUUCGUGCUUGCACAAGCUAAAACAGAGACUAAGAAAAGAGAAGCAUCUGCAUCCUACUCUAUUCCAACGCGGCACACCUACUCCGAGUAUCACAAUAGAGUCCCGAUCCCAAUUCCCCAUCCCGUCCCAGUAAGUGUUCCUAGACCUGUACCAGUAGGUGUACCAGUUGCAGUACCAGUGGACAAUCCACGUCCCGUCCCAGUUGCUGUUCCUCAACCGGUGGCUCAAAUAAUACCCAGACCGGUAGCAGUACCGAUCAACCGUCCAGUACCAUUGCCAGUCUCCCAGCCCGUUCCUGUUACUAUUACACAGGGAGUUGGUAUUCCAGUUCCCCAACCAUACGCGGUCAGUGUACCAGCUGCUGUUCCAGUCAGAGUCCCACAGCCCAUUCCGGUACCGGUGGGCGUUCAAGCAAUUGGGGGAUAUGGCGGUAUUGGUUCCGGUGUGUCAAUUGGUGGUAUCGGUUCUGGCUUGUCAAUCAGUGGUAUUGGUUCCGGCGUGUAUGGCUCCGGCGUGUAUGCUGGUGGAUAUGGAUCCAUAGGUGUGCCUGUAUCUUCAAAAAUCGUUUCAUCAGUUUCAAUAGCUCAUCCAUAUAUUUCUUCUGGAUCUGUUCAUGGGUCUGGUUAUGGCGGUGGGUAUCUGUCAGGAGGUCAUGGAGUGUAUGGCCACGGGCAUUGA